CCCUCUCUCUCUCUCUCUCUAAAAUGGUGAAGAAGCAGAACAAAGCCUGGCUUGUCUUCGUCUUCCUGCAAUUCCAUCUAUCCCCUUUUCUUGCUUACGAGUACAGAACUGAUGCACUCCGCACCCGAACUCCAAGUCCCUCGAACGCAUACUUGGCCCUGCAGUCAUGGAAGUCUGCAAUAAUCAGUGACCCUUUCGGCGUCACAACAACAUGGGUAGGCCCAAACGUCUGCACCUACAAAGGAGUCUUCUGCUCAUCCUCAAUCCCCAUGGCCUCUGACCAAGUUGUUUUCAGCAUUGAUCUGAACCAUGCCCAACUUGGGGGCACCUUGGUGCAGGAGCUCUCCUACCUCGCAGACCUCUCAAUCCUCCACCUCAACUCCAACAACUUCUCCGGCUCAAUCCCGGACACCUUCUCUGAUUUGAUCAACCUCACGGAACUGGAUCUCAGCAACAAUCAAUUUUCAGGCCCUUUCCCCUCUGUUGUCCUCAGACUCCCCAGGUUGGUCUUCCUAGAUUUGAGGUAUAAUCGAUUUUCUGGGGCCAUUCCUUAUGAACUGUUCGCUCUUGGUCUUGAUGCAAUCUUUCUCAACGACAAUGAGUUCGCUGGUCAGAUACCAAUGAGUUUGGGGAGCUCAUUUGCUUCUGUCAUCAAUCUUGCCAACAACAAUUUCAGUGGCAGCCUGCCCACCAAUUUCGGCUACAUAGGUUCAAGGCUCAGGGAGAUUCUGUUCUUCAACAAUGAGUUCACAGGGUGCAUACCAGAAGGAGUUGGGCUUUUCACACAGAUGGUGGUCUUAGAUUUGAGCUUCAACUCAUUGAGGGGAGAGCUGCCCAGCUCACUGGCUUGUCUCUCUGGGAUUGAGGUGCUCAAUGUUGCCCACAAUGAGUUCUUUGGAUUUCUCCCUGAUGUUCUUUGCUCGAUCAAGAGCUUGUUCAACCUCACUGUCUCCUACAAUUUCUUCUCUGGGGUUAGCCAGGAGUGCUCGAGAUUGGGGUACAGGAAUGUGGGGUUUGAUGUGACUGGGAACUGCAUCUCGGGAAGGAAGAUGCAGAGGCCACUGCCGGAGUGUGCCGGAUUCGAGGGAGAGUUUUCCUGCAUCAGGGUUCCGUCAGCCGACCUUCCUCCGUCACUUUGCAGGGCGCUUGUGCAAGAGAACUUUAUGAAUCCAGGCACAGACCUGCCUCCUUACUUUUCCUCUCCAUGAUAGCUCAAGCUGUUGUGCACCAAUAAAGUACUUUUUUUUUUUGUUUUU